CUCAAAUAUCAAAAAUGGUUUCAAAAGUAAGAUAUGUAAAUAACCAAAAUUGAUGCCAGAACUAUAGGGAAAAGAAAAUAGAUAGAAGGCAGAACUGAUAUUGAAAUUCCAUGGCUAAAACAACUCAUAUAGCAGUAGUUUCAAUCCCUCUAUUUAGCCAUCAAAGUUCUAUUAUUGAGUUUUGCAAGAGACUAAUUCAUCUCCAUCACCACAUUCAUGUCACUUGCAUCUUCCCCACCAUUGAUGCACCUAUCCCUGCCACCCUCAAAUUACUUGAGUCUCUUCCUUCAUCCAUAAGCUGCAGUUUCCUCCCUCCAAUAAACAAACUAGACUUCCCACACGAUGUUGGCAUGGAAAUUGAACUCGCGGUGGUUCAAUCCAUGCCAUCUCUUCGCAACUCGUUGAGGUUACUGUGUUCAACUUCAACAUGCACACCAGUGUCAGCAUUGGUUGUUGAUCCUUUUGCAAGUCAAGCAUUAGAAAUAGCUAAAGACUUGAACCUCUUAUCUUUUGUAUAUUUCCCACUUUCUGCCAUGAUAACUUCAUUACACUUCUAUUGUCCGACACUGCAUAAACAAGUUUCAUGUGAAUACAAAGAUCACACUGACCUUAUUCAGAUUCCGGGAUGUCUACCUAUUCUCGGCAAAGAUCUUCCUCCCGAAUUUUUUCAUGAUCGAUCUAGUGUUGCUUACAGUAUUUUUCUUCUACAUUCCAAGAACUUGUCUCUUGCUCAUGGUUUCUUGGCGAAUAGUUUCUCAAAAAUGGAGGCAAGUACAGGGAGAGCCUUGCAGGAGGAGCACAACAAAACCACCAAAUUAGUUUAUAUGGUUGGACCAAUCAUACAAAGUGGUUCAAAUUGUAGUGAAGAGUCAAAUGGGUCAAUCUGUUUGAAGUGGUUGGAGAAUCAAACACCAAACUCAGUUUUGUAUGUGUGCUUUGGAAGUGGAGGAACUUUAUCUCAACAACAAACCAAUGAACUAGCUUUGGGGCUGGAAUUGAGUGGUCAGAAAUUCUUGUGGGUUUUGAGAGAACCUAGUAAAUCUAAAGAUGUAGAUUACAAAAUUGCUUCAAUAGGAAAUGAUGAUAAUGACCUAUUAAAGUACUUACCACAUGGGUUCUUAGAAAGAACCAAAGAACAAGGGUUAGUUGUUCCUCUUUGGGCACCACAAACCAAAAUCCUAAGUCACAAUUCAACAGGUGGAUUUUUAACACAUUGUGGUUGGAAUUCGACGCUUGAGAGUAUUGUGUCCGGAGUGCCAAUGAUAACUUGGCCAUUGUUUGGUGAUCAAAUAAUGAAUGCUAUUUUAAUAGUAGAGGGACUUAAAGUGGGUUUGAAGAUAAAAUUUAAUGAGAAUGGCAUUGCAGAAAGAGAGGAAAUUGCUAAGGUGGUUAGACAUCUAAUGCUCGGAGAAGAACGGAGUGAGAUUCGACAAAGAAUUGAAGAGCUUAAAGAUGAUGCAGCUUGUGCAUUAGCAGAAGAUGGGUCCUCUACAAGAGCACUUUGUGAAUUCGGUACUCGAGUAGCAAACUUUUCGUUAUAAAUGGAAAUUUCAAUUAUCAACGUUUUAUAGGGAAAGCUGUGCAAAGAAGAAAAGAAUCGAGGGAAUAUGUAUUUGUCGAAUAGAAAUCAUGUGAGAGUUUUGGUGUCUAUAAUGUUUGCAUAAUUGCAUUGAAUAAUUUAAUACUUGAUCUAUUAAACUCGA